GAUGCCUCGACUAAUUCACGCUCUAAAAUUCCUGCGAAGGUUUUAAGGUACUUCCCCUUAAAGCCUAGGCUGCAGAGGAUAUUCAUGUGUUCUGAAACAGCUGUUGCAAUGAGAUGGCACGCUAAUGAACGACCCAAUGAUGGAAAUUUAAGGCAUCCUGCUGAUGGGGAAGCAUGGAAGGAUUUUGAUCGUUUGUACCCAGACUUCUCUCGAGAUCCUCGUAAUGUUAGAUUGGGUCUGUCAAGUGAUGGUUUCAACCCAUUUAGAACCAUGAGUAUUUCUCAUAGCUCGUGGUCUGUUAUGUUGAUGAACUAUAAUUUAUCACCAUGGAUUUGCAUGAAGCCGGAGUAUAUUAUGUUGUCAAUGAUCAUUCCAGGUCCAUCAUCUCCAGGAAAUGAUAUAGGUGUGUAUCUACAACCACUAAUUGCAGAAUUGAAGGAACUAUGGGAACCUGGGAUAGAAACAUAUGAUGCUGAAACCGACCAAACAUUCCGAAUGCGUGCAGCCUUAUUGUGGACAGUUAGUGAUUUUCCAGCAUUAGCAAUGCUUUCAGGAUGGAGCACCAUGGGAAAAUUGGCAUGCCCCACUUGUAAUUAUGACACAUGCUCUCAAUAUCUCAAACAUAGUCGUAAGAUGUGUUACUUGGGUCAUCGUAGAUUUUUGCCUUCUGAUCAUCCAUUGCGAAAAGAUAAGAAGUCGUUUGAUGGUAAGGAGGAGCAUAGACCUGCACCUACACCUUUGUCGGGUAUAGAAGUGCUUGAAGAGCUUCAUGAAUUCAACAAUGUGUUUGGAAAGGGCAAAAAAAAAAAGGCCUCGAGAUAAUAAGGGUCCGUGGAAAAAAAGAUCUAUUUUUUUUGAAUUGCCAUAUUGGGCACAUAACAAAUUGAGGCACAAUCUUGAUGUGAUGCACAUAGAAAAGAAUAUAUGUGACAGUUUGCUUGGGGCUUUACUGGAGAUAGAUGGAAAGUCAAAUGAUCAUGUAAAUUCUCGCUAUGACUUACAAGAAAUGGGGAUACGAAAGGAGCUACAACCAAUAGAAGAUAAUGAUGGAAAUGUAAGUUUGGCUCAAGCUUGUUUCUCCAUGAAGCCUGAAUAGAAAAGGUUGUUUUGCACCGUCUUGAAAAAUGCCAAAUUACCAAAAGGGUGUGCUUCUAAUAUAUCACAUCGUGUGCAAGUGAAGGAGAUGAAAAUAUCAGGGUACAAGAGUCAUGAUGCUCAUUUUAUAAUGCAUUACCUGCUCCAGGUUGCCGUUAGAAAAGUGCUGCCCAAGAUUGUUUCAUUAACCUUGAUUAGAUUGGGAAAUUUCUUUAGAGUUAUAUGUAGUAAGGUUAUAAGUAGAAGAGAUCUUGAGAAAUUGGAUUCUGAAAUUGUUGAAAUAAUAUGUGACCUGGAAAGGAUUUUUCAUCCAGCAUUUUUUGAUAUAAUGCCACAUUUACCUAUUCAUUUAGUGAAUGAAAUUAGGCUUGGGGGUCCGACUCAUCUUCGCUGGAUGUAUCCCAAUGAGAGGCACCUAUGUAAGUUGAAGACGUUCGUUCGUAAUCGAUCUUGUGCAGAAGCAUCAAUAGCAGAGGGUUUUUUGGCCGAAGAGUGCUUGACCUUUUGUUCAAGAUACCUACGCGAUGGUGUGAAGACAAGAUUCAGUAGGUACGAGAUUGAGGAUGAUGAAUGUGCUCAGAAUUUGUCACCUAUAUUCCCUAAGAUAGGCCAUCCAAUUGGAAUUGAGAAGAAAAAGGAUUCGACUUUUAUGAUGGAUCCACAGUUACGUUAUGAGGCACAUCGAUAUGCUUUAUUCAACACUGGAGAUGAACAAGUUGAAAAGUUUAUCGAGGAACAUAAGAAUGUAAUGAGUAAUCAUACUAGAUCAAACGCACGGGCAAGAGCAAUGAAUCAUAGUCGGGAAUUCAGCAGUUGGUUUGAAGAGAAAGUUAAAAAUGUUGAAGUACCCGAUUAUCUAAUAUGGCUAUCUAGAAUGCCUAAUGUGGUGGGCAAGAGAUACACUGCAUAUUUCAUUAAUGGAUACCGAUUUCAUACAAAAAGUCGGGAUGCCCCACGAAAGACUCAAAAUAGUGGAGUGACGCUAGCAGCAACAACAAAUAGUUUUGCUAGUUCUAGGGACCAAAAUCCCAUAGAUGGAGAGGUUAUUUAUUAUGGAGUUAUUCAAGAUAUCAUUGAGAUUGAUUAUUAUGGCCAUUUUAGUGUUGUACUGUUUAGAUGUGAUUGGUUUCAUAAUGAAGUAGAUGAAUAUGGGUUAACUCGGGUAUACUUCAAUAAGUUAUGCAGUAAAAGAUGAUCCUUUUGUGUUGGCAUCACAAGUUCAUCAAGUUUUUUAUGUGGCGGAUCCAGUUGAGAAAGAUGUUUAUUAUGCAAGGAAUAAAGUCCCUGUUGAUUUGUAUGAUCUAGAGAAAGAGAAUUGUCCUAAUAUAGGAGACACAUUUUGGAGGGAGCCUAAUGAUGACACUGGUCCCUCAACUAGAUUAGAUGACGGUGACGUUAGAUGGUCAAGAGAAGAUGUGCCCGCUGAUGUCGUUGAUAUUCCAUCUAAUGCACAACAUUCAGAAGAUACAAUUAUGGAAACAUCGGAAGAGGAGGAUGAGUUCGAUGAUGCUGAUUGGGAUUCCAUGGAGGAAAAUGAUUAGACAAUAAAAGACUUGAGUAAUCAUGAAUCAAGAUGGGAGUUUAAGAAAAAGCAAGAGAGUUAAGAACUCAAACUUCAUUCCACCUGGAUCAGUUUCAUCUUUGCUAAGCCAAAGAGUUUUGAAUCACAAGCACAAGCAAAACUCAAAAUACAUUCCAGAACCUUAUGUUAAUAAGUCAAAUGAUAAGCAUUACAAGCACAAGCAGAACUCAAACUACAUUCCAGCUGGAUCUGAAGUGGAACAAGUGCAGCAAGUGUGUCCCGAUUCUACUUGUCUUGCAGCACAAACAGUACAUGAGCAAGUCUUUUUGGAUUCCACCACUCCUGAAUCACGAGAAGCACAAGAAAAAGUGCAACAAACCUUACAACUUUCCAGCAUUCCUGCAUUAUAAGCAGUUAAUGAACAAAUCCAACAAGAUCCACAUGAUUCUACUAAUCUUGAAGCAAAUGACCAAUCUGGCGAAG